AAUUCUCUGUUCGGCUGUUCCCCACAAUAUCCCGAAACAAAAGCUAAGAAAUCAGAGAAAGUGUUUUUCUUAUUUUUUUAAUUUUUGAAAAAAAAAUUCAUGUUUAAAUUUCCAUAUAUAGUAGACGAAGUAUAUCUCCCAUUUUCGAAAUUUGGAAAAAUCCGGAAAGUAAAGAAUCUACUUUACCAUGGAGAUCGCUUCGAUUCCAAUCACUACGUGUUCCAAAGAGCAUCAGCAGAUCUAUCAGGAAUGGUUCAAUUACGCUGAUGCAGAUACCGAUGGCCGCAUUACUGGUAAUGAUGCUACCAAGUUCUUCGCCAUGUCGAAUCUAUCCAGGCAAGAUCUCAAGCAGGUGUGGGCAAUCGCAGAUUCGAAGCGACAGGGAUACCUUGGUUUCAAGGAGUUUAUCGCUGCUAUGCAGCUAGUGUCUCUGGCACAAGCUGGUCAUGCAGUAACACAUGAUCUCCUGAAUAGUGACGUUGACUUGAGCAGUUUGAAACCUCCUGUAAUGGAGGGUUUGGAUGCACUAAUAGCAAAGAAAAAGCGCAAGGAAAAGACUAGUGAACUCGAAUCAAAUGGUAGUUUGCAUGGGCCAUCACCUUCAGCUAAUUGGUUUUCAUCAAAAUCAGCAAAAAAUGUACCACUUUCCUCGGUUACAUCAAUUGUUGAUGGAUUGAAGAGACUGUACCUUCAGAAGCUGAAACCACUAGAAGUUACUUAUCGUUUUAAUGACUUUGUAUCCCCGUUGCUGGCUAAUAGUGAUUUUGAUGCAAAACCAAUGGUUAUGCUUUUGGGUCAAUAUUCCACUGGGAAAACAACAUUCAUUAAGCAUCUGCUCAAGAGUGGUUAUCCAGGAGCCCACAUUGGACCGGAGCCUACAACUGACAGAUUUGUUGUUGUCAUGUCUGGUCCUGAUGAAAGAAGUAUUCCUGGGAACACCAUAGCUGUUCAAGCUGACAUGCCGUUCAGUGGUCUGACAACAUUUGGAACUGCUUUUUUGUCAAAAUUUGAGUGUUCUCAAAUGCCACAUCCUCUGCUGGAGCACAUCACUUUUGUGGAUACUCCUGGUGUUCUGUCUGGAGAGAAGCAACGAACGCAAAGAGCGUAUGAUUUUACAGGCGUAACAUCAUGGUUUGCUGCAAAGUGUGACCUCAUUCUACUUUUGUUCGAUCCUCACAAGCUUGAUGUCAGCGAUGAAUUCAAGAGAGUGAUAUCAUCUUUACGUGGUCAUGAUGACAAGAUUAGAGUGGUUCUAAACAAGGCAGAUCAAAUUGAUACCCAACAACUGAUGCGUGUUUAUGGAGCAUUAAUGUGGUCUCUUGGGAAAGUUAUAAACACUCCUGAGGUUAUGCGUGUUUAUAUUGGAUCAUUCAAUGACAAACCUGUAAAUGAAUCUGCUACUGGUCCAAUUGGUAAAGAACUUUUUGAAAAAGAACAGGAGGACCUUCUUUCUGACCUAAAAGAUAUUCCAAAGAAAGCCUGUGAUCGUAGGAUUAAUGAAUUUGUGAAACGUGCCCGAGCUGCAAAGAUACACGCUUACAUUAUUAGUCAUCUUAAAAAGGAGAUGCCAGCUAUGAUUGGAAAAGCUAAAACUCAGCAGAGACUCAUUGAUAAUUUGUUAGAUGAAUUUGGAAAGGUUCAAAGGGAGUUCCAUUUACCUCCGGGAGAUUUCCCAAAUGUUGAGCACUUCAAGGAGAUCUUGAGUGGCUACAAUAUUGAUAAGUUUGAGAAGUUAAAGCCGAAAAUGAUACAAGCUGUGGAUGACAUGCUAGGUUAUGAUAUCCCAGACCUAUUGAAGAAUUUUAGAAAUCCGUACGAUUAAAGAAUGCCAGUAUUUUCCAAGAUAACUGGACAGGUUUAAUAUUGAGUGGAGUACAUGCCAUAAAUCAAUGGUGCGGGAGCCUUGUCAAGUAUGGGCACUUUAAUCUUCACUGUUUAGAUCAAAUUUUGAUUUUCCAGGUCCCAAACAAUGUCCAUUGUUAUAGAUAAAUUUAUCGGCUGCCCCUUCAAUAGCUCUGUUUUCGUAUGAAGACCAUGGAAGUUGGUAUAAUAAAUUUCUAUAGAGAUCAGCAUGUCUUAUAUAUAUUUGUUAUGUAUAUAAUUAAGAAUUUUAUAUAAAGUGUAUGGUAUUUUGGGCUAUCCAUGAAAUUUGGAUUGAACCUACAAGCAUUUGCACUUCA